GCUGGAUAUAAGGCGGCUUGGGAACAAUACGUCCGGCUCCCGGCUCCCGGCUUUGAUCCCUGGAGCUCCGUUGGUGUGGGAGUGAGUGAGUGAGUGUGUUUGUGUGUGUCCGCGCGCGCACGCCAGUGAGUGAGUGUGUGCAUGUGUGUGUGUGUGCAUGUGUGUGUGCGCGCGGGGGGUGCAUGUGUGCAGGCGGCCCGGAGCACGCGGGGGAGCCGGCUCCCUCCAGGUGUGGGGCCGUCGGAGCCAGGGAGCGGAGAUGGACUUCGACUCGUACCAACAUUAUUUCUACGACUGUGACUACGAGGAAGAUUUCUACCGCUCCACGGCGCCCAGCGAGGACAUCUGGAAGAAAUUCGAGCUGGUUCCCUCGCCCCCCAUGUCGCCCCCGUGGGGCUCGGGCUCUAGCCCGGGUGCCUGUUGCUCGUCAGCCGCGAACGGGUCACCCGAGCCAUGGCCUGGGGGCUGCGGGGUGGAGGAGGCGGAGGGCCGGGGCUACUCUAAGGCGCUGGCCAGGAACUACGCCUCCAUCAUCCGCAGUGACUGUAUGUGGAGCGGCUUCUCCGCCCGGGAGCGGCUGGAGAAAGUGAUGAACGACAAACUCGUGGCGGUCGCGACACCCAAGGGGAAUCCGGCCAAGCCAACGGCCUCGGCAGACCCGGGCUGCGGCCACCCGGGGCCCGAAGGCGUGGAUCCCACGGCCGUGUACCCCUGUGCCCCGGGCGAACCCAAGCCUCAAGCUUUCUCGGGCUCGGAGAGCCAAAGCGAUUCCGAGGGUGAAGAGAUCGAUGUGGUGACAGUGGAGAGGAGGCAAUCCCUCAGUGUCCGGAAGCCAGUCACCAUCACAGUUCGAGCUGACCCCCUGGACCCAUGCAUGAAACAUUUCCACAUCUCCAUCCACCAACAGCAGCACAACUAUGCUGCCCGAUUCCCCCCAGACAACUGUCCUCAGGAGGGGACUCCGGAGAAAGAGGCCAAAGAGGAGGAGGGGGAGGAAGAGGAGGAGGAGGAAGAGGAGGAAGAACAAGAAGAAGUAGAGGAGCUUGUGGGUCCUCCAGGGCCUGCCAGCCCCCCAUCCUCAGAAAUGGGGCCCAGCCAGUCCAGGCCGGCCUCUUCUGACACCGAGGAUGUGACCAAGAGGAAAAAUCACAACUUCUUGGAACGGAAGAGGCGAAAUGACCUCCGCUCUCGCUUUCUGGCACUACGGGACCAGGUGCCUGCUCUGGGCAGCUGCACCAAGACUCCUAAGGUGGUCAUCCUCAGCAAGGCCCUGGAGUAUCUGCAGACAUUGGUGAGUGCUGAGAAGACCAUGGCCUUAGAGAAGAGGCAUCUCAGGGCACGGCAGCAGCAGCUACAGAAGAGACUCGCUCAGCUCACUGGCCACUAACCUACCAAAAAGACAGAGCUGGGGCUCUCAUUGUGGAAAGCAGACUUCUACUUUUCUGCCCUUCCCCCUUGGUAAUUUGCACAUUUUGGGUCCCGUGGGACUAACUGGACUAUUGAUCCCAGAAUGCACUGUGGCCAAAUGCACGCACUCAUGCUCACUCACUCACACACACACGCACACACGCACACAAUGGCUUGCAUUCUUGGAACCUUUGAAAGACUGUCUUGGCAUGUUCCACACCCAGCCCCCAGCUCCUCUGCCUCAUUUAGGGGGACAGUCUCUGUGUCCAGCAAAGCAGCUGCCUUAAGGGACGGGCUUUGGGGUGCAGCUCCGGGAGAAAGGCAAGGCAUGACAGAUGCUGAGCGACAGGUGGUGUCCUCCCUGAAAUCACACACUCCUCGGAGCUGGGGGGUUGGUCAUGGUGAGGGAUGCUCCUGCUGGGGCUGUCCCUGUGGGGUUAGCCGAGGACAGCUGGGCUUUGAGGCUGACAACUCAAGAUACUUUUUCCAGUGGAUACAUGAGCUGUUUUCGCUGGAGAGGAGCCUGGAGACUUACUCAUGGAGACCCUUACCUCUCUGCUAAACACUUUACAGUAGCCAAGGGGUUGGUAACCUUUUGACGAUGCUAUAAACUUGAAAACAGAGUCGUAUAUGGAACUGAAGGCCUGCCUUGGAAGGCGAAGGGGUUAACAUGGCCACCAGAACUGUGCCUCUUGGGGUUUUUCGAUUGUUGUUGUUGGGUUUUUUUUCAGCAGAGGCUUCUGGUGGCUGGGUUAGAGAUACAAGUUGGGAACCUGUUGAUACGUCCUCCAUCAUCGUAGUGACUGAGGGUACUCUUCAGAUCUUGUUUAAGUUGGUCUUAGCUGCAAGGGUUUGGGUAGGACCUAGUUCCAGGAGUAGGGCCUGCCUUGGUGUGCACUCCCCCACCCCCCAAUCAUCGGCACUUAUGGCCUAGAUGGAGGCAAGUGGUGGGGAGCCUAGCUUGGGGGUGGGGAAGGUCGGAGUUAGAAGAUUAUUCUGCCUUCUUUCUUCCUUCUGUUUGAAGCCCUAGAGUAGUGGUAGGUUCUGAAGAGCUGUCCCAGUCUUGAAUAUCUCUUUCCCACAGCAUUGAUAGCUCCUCCAGCUGUCCUUAUUCUUCUGCCUGUUCUCAUAGCUUGGCAUGACUGAAACUCUUCCUUAGAGUUUCCUUAGAGAGCUCAGGGGCUCAGCUGGUUGGCCGGGCCCUCUGGGAAUCUGGCUUUCAUUCCAGAGUGGACCUACUGAAAUAACCCAGAGCACUAGAUAUGGAAGAUGAGGCCAAUGGCAGGUCCCCGGGGUAUAAUCCCAGACCAAAACCAAAUUCUGGUUGCUUUAUCACAUGAGCUCAUGCCCUAUCUGGGUUUAUUGUAUCCAGUUCUGGUGCAAUGCCAGUCUGGGGAUGAGUUUGAAUUUAACUCAUGCCAGGCUAUGAGAUCAUAGGAUUUUAGAGCUGGAAGGGUCGUUUAAUACAAUCUUUUCAUUUCAUAGGUGAGGAAAGUGAAGCCCAGAGGGGGCUCAGAGGUCACAGAGAUCGUAAGAGACAAAGCCAGGAAUUCAGACCCAGGACUUCUGAUUCUCCAGUCCCAUGCACUACCUACUAUUCUGUGCUGGUGACCUAUUGAGGAUGUUGUAGAGGGCAUCCAUCUGUUGGGCAGAGGGUUGAACUAGGUGAACCCUAAGGGCCCUCCCAGCGAAAAGAUGCUAUGAUUCCAAUUUCAGGAGCCACCUGACUGGGUAGUGGAAGGGAUCAAUAUGUCAGCCUCCUAUAGCCACUUGACAGCUUGACCUUCCGGUGCCUUUAUUAGGCCAUAGGUUUUGGAUUGCCCCCUACGCCCGUCCCCCAAGAACACACAUGGUGUGGUUCUGACUGGCACCUGACUCUGGGUGUGAGGAGGGACUGGAAGCUUUGAUAUCUGUUUCCCAAGUUCUUUCAAGCAGUUGGUGACCCUGGACCCCAGAGACCACCAGGGCUAAAGGGUUGAGGCCCUUCUGAUAUCCGGUGGGUACACCCUAAGAAUGAGGGGCCUAUCUUGAAUGACGUGAUCUCCCUGGGUCGUUCUAUGGCCUGUGGAACCAAGGUUGCUGACUUCUUUAUUGUCUGUGGGAAGGCUGGGUUGGUGGGAUUGGUGGGGUUUGGGUUUAUGCCAGAAGCUGCUGUUGGGUGUUGGGUUGGGGAGACUGGUUUCUAUACUGUAUUUUUGUAUGACUUUUGCAAAGUAUUGUUUAUUGUUUUUGUACAAGAAAGACCUCCCAGCUCAUGCCCCUGUUACAAGGGUUUGAUUUAUUUCCAAAGGCAAAUAUGCCUGAAUUUUUGUACUGCAAUUCUUUAGUUGUGAUUAACCUCCCAAUUAAGAACUGUUCCCUAUACCUCUAAACCCUGAACCAUCAUCAACAUUUAAUAAAAGAUUUCUCAAAGUA